CCUGCGAACCAGCAUCACUUCCUGCUGCUGACACCAGGACAUCAACACUAUCGAACAUGAAGACCCUGCUCCUGCCCUUGCUGGUGGUUGUGGCUGUGGCUGAGAGACCGUCCCUCUCCUACGACGCCCCUGCACCACACACAUCCUCGCCCGUCCAGCAGAUCCCCAUCAUCCGCGACGAGCGAGUCCAUCCUGCCGCUGACGGCACCUACAGCUUUGACGUGGAGACUGGGGAUGGCAUCGUCAGGCACGAGUCUGGCGGUCCAGGUGGCGCACAGCAGGGAACCGUAAGCUUCACCUUCCCAGACGGCCAAGUCUUUAAUCUUCAGUUCGUCGCCGACGUCAAUGGUUACCAACCUCAGUCGCCCUUCCUUCCAGUCGCCCCUGCAUUCCCCCACCCAAUCCCCGCCCACGCCCUCGAGCAGAUCGAGCGUGGCCGACUCGAACUCGAAGCUCGCGCCCGCGAGGAACAACGUCAGUCAUCAAGCCAGGGACAAGCCACUCCUUCUCGCCUUUAUGGUCAACCUCAGUAAAGUGGCCUCUCUGUGAACUCCGACAUCCCUAUAUUUGUUCUCGCAACAUCACACCAUUCUUCAUCACUUUGUUACUUCUGUGUGGCAUAACGAUUUGUAGCUGAUAUAGCACUGACAUAUCUAUAAAUAUAGAACUAUAACUUC